GCGCUGCCGCACAGCAAUCAGGUGGUGAGAUGUAUCCUAACUUCACGCGGGCAGGCUCUGGCUGCUGUGCUAUUAUGGGUCGACAAUGGAGAGGAAUCGGUGCAUGAUAUCGACGAUCAACCCACAGAGACAGACUAGAGCAGAUCUGCAGCAAUGAGCGCCUCCUUUCCAAAAUCGGAAUCCACCACCUCCUUACUGAAGUCCUCCUCUGCGGCGAAGAAACCGACACACCUCCCUGAACGCGCGGCAGAGAGCCGGAGAGGUCACCAUCAGCAGCAUCAGCACCAGCAUCAACACCAGCAUCACCACCGUCCCGCCACGCUCAACAGCAGCAGCAGCAAAGCUGAGGAGUCUUUCCUUUCGGCCGAGUGCGAAAUCAGUGCCCGGAGACCCCUGUGCCACCCCUCCCUCAUCGGCAGCCCGGACAGUGGUAACGAUGCAGCCACUCGGGGGAAGUGUAAGUCCCACAGCCACCACAGCCAAGUUCCCGACUCUCCGGAGCAAAACGGUGUGAAGGAGCACUGCAGGUCAUCCAAGCCCACACACCGGCACCACCACCGCAGGAAGCAGCACCGGGACGACCUUCCACCGGCUGCAACCGCACCGCCUGAAGCUGAGCAUCCCCGGCGCUCUCACACGCACAUACGCACGGUCCCCAGGGUGCCCUCUCUGUCGGACAGCAACGAUGACCGGGCUUCCCUCUAUGAGCCGAGGAACCAUAAAGGGGUCAGCGUGGCUAUUAUCGGGGCUCAGAUCAGCAGUCGGUCCCCGUCUUCCUGCUCCCUGGCGCCGCUCUCCAGCAGGUCCUCCCGCCACUCCCGGAGGUCAAGUGCUGCUUCUUCUGCAUCCGAUAUACAUUUACGCACUAUCCUCAAUUCACUGUUUGGACAGGACAGAGAGCUGAGACCGGAGGAAAUGGAUGAGUUGCGGGAUGCUUUCAAGGAGUUCGACAAGAAUAAGGAUGGUUUUAUCAGCUGUAAAGAUCUUGGAAACUGUAUGAGAACCAUGGGAUACAUGCCGACUGAAAUGGAGCUCAUUGAGCUGAGUCAACAGAUAAACAUGAACUUGGGAGGUCAUGUGGAUUUUGAGGAUUUUGUAGAGUUGAUGGGCCCAAAACUCCUCGCCGAAACUGCAGACAUGAUUGGAAUAAAAGAGUUAAAAGAAGCUUUUAGAGAGUUUGACACCAAUGGAGAUGGGGCCAUAAGCACAUCUGAGCUCCGAGAUGCAAUGAGGAAGUUGUUAGGCCAACAAGUGGGACUAAAAGAGGUAGAAGAUAUCCUGAGAGAUGUUGACCUUAAUGGUGAUGGGCUGGUUGACUUUGAAGAGUUUGUACGAAUGAUGUCUCGCUAAAAUCAGAAUAUGAUCGGUGCUGAAUGUGAAGCUCCGUCCUUGUCUAUAAUUGACCAAGUACACCAGAGGACAUGCUAUGAUCUCUGAGCCAUCCUAAUCUGAAUGACACUGGAAUUAAAACUCCUUGAAUGUUAAGGAGUGAGGAGUCGCCUCACACUUUCAAUCAAUAAGUGUUCUUCCUGAAAAGUCUUAAGUUCAACUGAGGCCGAAUUUGCUGUAGCCUAGAUGAUGAAUGUCCGACUUGUGUUUUUGCACUUUAAUUCUCACUAAAUAACUUCCUGUGGAUAUAUUGCUGGUGUCUUGUCUCAUCUUCUAUGUGGUCAAAAAAAGUGUUGCAAAAUGUCGCCUUCAAUGUACAAUAGUCUGAAUGUAAGAGGGGAUUCCUGUAGAGAGGAUGUCAAAAAUAUGUGCAUUGUUCAACAGUACGUUUUCACACAGUAUUUGUUUCAUUAUAAAUUGUAAGCGGAAUGUCCUUUGUGACAUCGGUGCUCCAACAGGAACCCAUGUGGCAAUAUAACACCUGUGUUGUAACUGUAUGAUCAUCUGUGAUUUUUCACUGUGCCUGUAUAGUCAUCACUGUCUGAAAACUACAGAAGCAGAUCUCUAAUACAAAACCAUAAAUUACAUGUAAUAUUGUAUUUGCUUCAACCUUAGAUCAAUGGCAGUUAAAACUAAUUUUCUAAGUUACAGAGCUCUGGUUUGCAGCAUCCUUUGUCUUUCAAUGCUCAGAGGUUGAACAUUGCUUUGAACCUGGCUUUGGGGGCAAGUAAAAAUCCAUAUUGCCCUGGUCUGCGAGCAUACAGUUGGAAUGACAUAUGUGAAUUGUAUUUACAGUGGAUGUGAUUAUGUUGUUGCUGCUGUAAUGUACGUCGAUGUAUUUGUGGAAACGUUCCACACCUUUGUGUUGUUGAAGCCAUUUUUAUGCAUGCCAAAGAGAUACAUUUAUUAAAUUCAGUAUGCACAUUUGCAUUUUUGUCUAACAAAGUAAGCAAAAUAUUUUGCCAAGUUAACUGUAAAAAUAAAUAAAAGGUGUUUACAUUUAA